AGAAGCAACCUGCGCGGUCCCCUCCAGUUUCCCCCUUUUUCUGGCUUACCCUCUUUCUUUGUGCGUGUGUUUCCGCUCACCCUUCCGGAAACGUGCUGCAAUUUUUGUUUUGAAGUGUCACUGUGCGUGUGUGUGUGUGUGUGCAUUGUUGUCGUGAGACACGCAGCCUUCCGACGUUCACAGCACAUCUUUUUUCCUCUUGUGUUCCUGAGCAGCUUCGCCGAGGUGACGCAGACGUACGCGGAACGAUAGGAAGCAGAUUUCGCUCGAGCUUUUAUUUUGGUCUCCUCCGCAUUUUUCCGAGUGAAUUUCUGACGCAAGUGCCGUGGAGGCGAGUCCUCUCUCUCUUUACAGGAAACAAAGAAAGAGAAAGAAACACAGAAUACGCAUGGCUUCCUCGGCGAACGACAAGGACAAGAAGAAGUCCGGCCACCGCCGUACCUCUGCGCCGAAGUCUGGCGACAAGAACGGCGCCACGCCGACCCGCGACGGCAGCGCGCGGAAGUCCUCAGCGUCACGCUCUGCCGCCAACCCCCAACUACCACGGCAGAACAGUUCACACAGUGCGAACAUGUCAGCGAUGCCUAAGGCCUCGAGGCCCGCCCUGGCGGCAGCGGCGGCACCGUCGUCCACGAGGGCGUCCAACGGAGCACCCCCCAGCUCGACGAGGUCCGCCCCGCGGUCGACGGUCUCCCCAACCCGAUCGACAAACGGCGCGGCCCCUCCUCCGACGACGGGGAUCAACGCCCGCCGCUCCUCUGCGCCUGUCGCACCGAAUGCUCCGGGUGGUGCUCCGACGGCUUGUGGAGGUGCGGCUCCCGGUCCGCAGCCCAACGCGAUGGGCGGUGGCUACGGCAUCAUGGGGCCUGGCGGCUAUGAGUCGAUGGGCAACUACAGCUACAAUUCCAUGGGCCCGACCAGCAUGGGCCCUGGCGGCAUGACCGGCGACUUCGGUUCCAUGGUCCCUGGCGGCAUGAUGAGCGGCGGUGCUGGGGGCGGCAUGAACCCCUAUGGCUCUAUGGGUCCUGUUGGCAUGAACCCCUAUGGUUCCAUGGGUCCUGGCGGCUACGGCGGGAUGGCUACCGGCGGUGGCGGCGAUGGCGGCAUGAACGGUGGCUACGGCUCCAUGGUAGAUGGGGAAGGCGGCGUGAUGGGCGGUGCGGGCGACAUGAACGGCGGCGGCUACGGCUCCGUGUACGGUGGAGCGCCGGGCUCGAUGUACUACAACGGCAUGGGCGGCCCGAUGGGCGGCUUCAUGUACUACGGCAUGGGUGCGCCGAUGAUGGGUGGGUCGAUGUAUGGGAUGGGCGGCAACUCCAUGUAUGGCGGCAUGAACUCGAUGUACGGCAUGGGCGGUGGUGGGUCGAUGUACGGGAUGGAAUCCAUGUACGGCCUCGGUCGCUACAAUAGCAUGGGUCUGGGCAGCACCUACGCGUCCAUGUACGGUCUCGGCCGCACGUCCAGCCGCGCGAGCUUCCGCAGCAGCGGCGGCUACGUCGGCGGCUCCUUUGGGGGGUUGUGGCGUGCCCCGUCUGGCGACGGCCGCCGCGCCAAGAAGGACUACAGCAUCCCGCCCCCGUCCUCCAAGCUGUCGGAGGCGUUCCCCGAUAAUGACAAGGCGGACGAGCCGCCGAGGGAGCAGACGGGCAAGCGCGGCCUCACCGCUGCCUCGAAGGAGGACGAGAAGAAAGCCGUCCCGGCAGCUGCCGCGGACCAGAAGGAAGAGAAGAAAGCCACGACGCCGUCCGUCGUUGUGGUGGACAACGCCGGCAGCAAGGACGACAAGGCGAAGUCCCGCUCCGUCCCACUCGCCCUAGCCUCCUCGCACCGCCUGACAAAGCAGGUGAACGAUAACGUGCACGUCGUGGCCAUCGCCCCGAGCGAGUCGGUGGCGAACAAGGCGGACAAGACGGUGACGGUGGGCUCGACCACGUACACGAUGGACGAAGUCGCCGUCGGCGCCGUCGACGUCGAGAAGUCCGACCUACUCACCGACAUUGUGGAGCAGACGCAGUGCGGCCACAACGUGUCUCUGCUGGUCCUCUGCGGCCGCCAAAAGUACGAAGCGAGCACCCCUCCCGUGACGGCGGUAGUGCGGAGCAUGAUGGACACCUUCGCCGCCGACGACACGCAGGUAACGCAGGUGGUUGCGUCGGCUGUCGUCUUUACCGCGCCGGACAAGAUCGUGGACCUGCUGCUGCCGGACGGCGAGACGGCGGAACCGGUGAAGGCCGAGCUCGGCUCCAACCCCAUCUACGGCCCGUGUGUGAUGAACACGUCGGAGAAGAAGGUGGAGACGGCGGAGGCGGCGGUCGGCGUGGUGGAGGUGGCCGCGAGGAUGGCGAAGCAGCGCGGCCUCGUCGUCGUCACUUACAAGAUCAAGCAAAUCCGCCCCGCCGCCGGCCACUCCACCUCGCGCAACGUCUACGUCUCGUCGAUGCUCGUCGCGAUGGUGGACGACACGAACAUGGUGCACGUGCGGGCCGCCGAGAAGCACGGCACCGCCGGCCCGACGCCGCUCUUUUGCAACGCCAUCGGCGGCGCCAGCCGCACUGUCGCCAUCGUGCAGAUCCCCGCAACCGGCGCGGAGACGUCGGUCGGCGACGCGCUGGCCAACGCGCUGCAGUUGCGUGAGAUCAAGAACACGCCGACGCGCAGCGGCAACGUUAAGCGCUUCGUCGACUACACGGAGCGCGCUGCUGCGGCGAAUGCGAAGACGUCGCCCGAGACGGCGGCGAAGAUCAACCGCAUGUUGAAGGACGCGAAGGAGCUGCUGGCCAAACCCGAUGAGACCCCGCUGGUGGCUUACAACUUGUACGGCGGAGGUCACGCCCCUUCCCCCGCGUCGACAAGGGAAGAGGCAAAGAAGUCCGGCGCGACGCCGCAGACGGUGCAGUCCAGGGACGCCCCUGCCGUUGUUUCUGCAACAGCGGCGGUAGAGGAUGACGACGCGAAGCCGGAGCAGGAGCGGCGCGUGAAGCUGACGGUCUGCGUGGACGGCACCACGGCCAUGCUGCAGGGGGAGGCGGACGAGGUGGUGAUGCGGGCGACGCCGGAGGAGGUGCCGGAGUCCGCGAUGCUCAAGUCCCUGCGGGCGAACUUCCGCUACGGCCGCAACGUUGCCCUCGUGUCCGCCGAGACGCAGUCGAGCGUGGAGCUGCCAAAGCAGUACACGUGGAGCUGUGUGGACAGCAUCCUCAGCAAGUGCCUCCGCGAUCCGAUCCCGGGGGCCGCGACGACAGCGGUGGAGCUCUUCAUGGUGGUGGUGCAGAAGCGGCAGGUGCUGUGCGAUUUGAUGGCGGAGGGUUCGACGGUGAAGCCGCUGGCCAUCGCCUCCUCCCCGCUCUUCGGCCCGAUCAUCGCGGACACGCAGCACAAGACGCUGCGCGCGGCGGCGGAGGUGCGUCCCGCCCUGGAGAAGGCCCUCGCGGCCGCCCCUCCGCAUUUGAAGGAGAUGGACGCGAUGAUUGUCAUGACGGCCGUGCUGAAGCAGCCGCAGGCGAGCGGCGACGUGGCGGUGGCGUCCUUCAUGUGCGCCUCCGGCCCGUCCGGCGCCGGCGUGCGGGGGGCGAUGUCGAAGAACCCCGACUACUCCCGCUCCCUCUUCGCCUACGCGAUUGGCGGCCCGUGCGUCACGACCCUGCUCGUCAGCGUCGGCGACGACCACGCGACGAACGCGGCGGCGAAGAGCAGCCUGGAGGACCUGUUGCCGCUGACGAAACAGCCGAACCACGCCAGCCGCGAUGGCAGCGUGAACAACUUCCUCGACUACGCCAAGAAGAGAAUGGCAGCUAACGAGAACAGGAUGGAGCAGGCCGCCACCGCGGAGGAGAAGGAGCGGCUGAAGGUGGCGUCGAGCCGACUGCAGAUGAUGCACGGCGACUACAGCGCCCUCGUCCAGUCUCCGCAGGACAACACGCCGGCGUACUACAUUGGUGAGAAGCGCGUCAGCGAGGUGCCGCGUGUGGGGGGCAAGCCCGUCGACGAGACGCCUGCUGCGGCCACCUCUAACGACCGCCGCAGCAGCCCGGAGAGCGGCCAGCAGGCACCGGUGCCCAUUCGCUCUGUGGUGGUGGUCGUCAACAGCAGCACUAGCAACGACGGCGGCGCGGCGGCGAAGGGCGGGAGCGUGAUGGAGGUGACAGAAAAGGAGGUUGUGCUGGACGGCGAGCACUACGCGCCGACGGAGGUGGUCGCCUCGCAGAGCGGGACGCUGCGCUCCGCCGUGAUUGACGAGGUGCACAAGGUGGCACUGAACGGCUACAACGCCGCGAUACUGACGAACGACGUCGCCGGCAGCACCGUCGGCAUCUCCAUGGUCGUCAAAACGGUCGUCGUCAUCUUGCGCGGCCUGACGCCGGGCAGUGAGGCCUUCUGGACGGUGGUGGUGUCGAAGGACAACAAGGUGAAGGACAUGCUGGCGGACAACUCGCCCUACUACGACCUGCACCUCGCCUCCUCCCCGCUCUUCGGCAACGUCGCCUACGGGGCGAACAUCUCGCCAGUGGCGGAGGCGCAGGUGGAGCCGAUGGUGCGCGAGGUGCGCAACGAGGUCCGCGAGAACGGCGGCGUGGGCUACAUCUGCGUCAUCCUCCGCAUCACGCAGCCAGACGGGGAUGUCUGCAUGCCGUCUUUCCUCGCCACCAUCGCCGGCGACAACGUCGACGAGUACGAGGAGCUACUCCGGCAGCGCGGCAGCAGCAGCAGCCGGCUGUUGAGCACCGCCCUUGGGGGUCCGUGCCACACCAUCUACGUCGCUGGCCUCCGCGGCCCGUCUGGCGCCGGCGCGAAGCCGCUGCUCGAGUUGGCGAAUAAAGUGACGAAGGUGCGCAACGCCCCACUGCGCAGCUGCAGCCUGAGGCGGUUUAUCGUGCACACGGAGCCGACACUGGCGGGGAUGGAGCGCAAGCUGGAGGCGGGCAACGGACCGAACCAGGCGUUAGAGGCGCAGAUUGGCCGCAUUGGCACCAUGUUGAAGGACGCGCGCAAUAUGCUGAGCUCACCGGGUGGCAGCGCCCCUGCGGUGUACAAGCGUUGA